AUGGUCUAUACAGAUAAAUGCCCAGUUUUGAGCAAUACCGAAUGGAGAGAUAAUUGUCAAUUCCCAGUAAUUCAUAAGGGUGAAACUCCAUCUGAUUGGAUGAAACGAAUUUGGGAUCAGUUGACGAAUUAUAAGAAUAAUAAUCGUUUGACUGAUGACAAAAAGCGAUAUCUUAUCGCCAGGAAAAUGGAAUAUUUAUAUGAAGGUGAUCUUGGCCAUUCUGUAGGUAUAAAUAUAGCAAUAUGUUAUUCGUGUAAUAAGCUUGUUUAUUCUAAAAUAGGAAGUGGUUAUGAGUAUUGGUUUCCUCAUUUCAUGGAUGAGCAUUGGAGUACAAAUUGUACUGGAAAUGCUUAUUGCGAUAUUAGUCAUAAAGACUAUAUGGAACUUAAAAGUAAAUCUGAAGCUAACUCGUAUUUCGAAAAAGAAGCAAUUCGUCGAUAUGAAUUAUGGGUGCAGAAUGCUAUCAAAAAGCUCGAAUGUGCAAGAGAAGUUGGUAAAAAGAUUCGAGCUGUAAAAGUUAUACAACAAAAAUGGCUAGAGAUCUUCUACAAACCUGAAGGCAUGUGUGCUACACAGUUAGUUGAGCAUUACAAACUCUUAUGGGCUGUUCGAGAAGAAAUGCGACAAAUUAACAAUGCACAACUUAUCUAA